AUGCACAAUGUCAGCAAUUCCGGAUCAUCUGCAUCUGCUCUAACAAAUUCAGGAACAACUCUGGAGUUGAAACCUUCAACCAACGAAAGGCCAAGUAUGGUUUCUGAUCAGAGAGAGUGCAAAAAAGUUUUGAGGGAUGUAAUACCUAAAUCAAUUGAAGAAUCCUAUAACAAAUCAAAGAAUAUGUUUGACAUAUGUGACCCAUCUCAGUGUCAGUUCUUGCAGCUCCAUAAGCAUCCUGAAGUAAACAAGAUUGUUAGACUCACUUACACCAAUGCUGGAAAUGCCAUUUUGGCGUUGGGAUCGAAUGGUACUCAUCUAGUUUGGUUCUGGCCACGCACUAACCUUAACUUGGAUGGGAAGGCUAAUGCAAAGGUUUACCCUCAACUAUGGCAACCAAAAAGUGGCUUUAAAUCUAUGAUCAAUGACCUUACAAGCAUCAAAUGUGGAAAUCCAGUUUCCUGUUUUGCUUUAUCAAAACAGGAUGCAUAUCUCAUUUCAACAUCAGGGGGGAAGAUCUCCUUGUUCAAUAUCUUUACAUUUAAGACUCUGACAACUGCUAUGCCUCCACCACCUAUGGUAACAAGUCUUGCCUUCUACCCUGAAGAUAAUAAUAUAUUUGCUAUUGGAUUGGAUAACUCCACUAUACUGAUAUACUAUGUCCUUAAAGAUGAGGUUCUUUUCAAUCUUGAGGGCCACUCUAAAAGAGUUACUGCUCUUGCCUUCUCAAAAACUUGGAAUAUUCUUAUAUCUGGUGAUGUAAAUGCUCAGAUUAUUGUAUGGAAAACAGAAGGAUGGGGAAAGUUGAAAGAUAGGUACUUGCAAAUACAUGGACAGAAGGUGCCAGAAGUACAAUCAGAAACUCAAAUUCAGUUUCACCCAGAUCAGACAAACUUCCUUGCUGUACAUGAUAGUCAUCUUGCAAUUUAUGAAGCAACAGAACUAAGAUGUGUCAAACAGUGGGUUCCAGAAGUUCCAGUUGUUAUCUCUCAAGCAACUUUCUCAUCUAAUGGGCACUCUGUGUAUGCCAUUUUUGUUGAUGGGACUUUGGCAAUAUUUGAAGCUUCAAAUCUUCAAGUGCUUUGUAGGGUCCAUCCUUGUGCUUACCUUUCUCCAACUUCUCGUUUGAGCAUGUGGCCAAUUUCUAUAGCUGCACAUCCACUGAAACCAACGCAGUUUGCCGUGGGACUCACAGAUGGUAGUAUUUAUGUGUUUGAGCCUCGGGAAUUAGGGGGUAAUUGGAUCAAAACCCAGUGA